AUGACGCUUUUAUCACCUGCUGAACGAUCAUACUUGCGCGAUUCUCUAACAGCCUCCCCAAUAAUCCGUCCAGAUUCUCGUACUCCCCACCAAUUCCGACCCAUUGAAGCCAAGACCUCGUUCUUAUCCUCAUCCAAUGGAUCUGCCAGAGUUAGACUCAUUGACGGAAGUGAAUGUAUAGUAAGCGUCAAAGCCAAGGUUGUUGACUUGGCUCUGGUGAGCAACUUAGUCGAAGUUGAUAUCGAUGUUGAUUCAUUCCGUGACGAUUCAAAUUUCGUGACUAAUUUGAAGUUUCAUAUUUUGAACUCAUUGGCCAACUUUCCCAGCACUGUGUUGAAGUUGACUACAAAGUAUGGGUAUAAGUUGUUCAUCGAUGUUAUUGUUACCAGUCACUCGUCGUACCCAUUGACUUUGAUUUCAUUGGCCACUUAUCUUGCAUUGAAAACAGCCAGAUUACCCAAGUUAGUAAGUGAAGUAAAUGACGAAGAGAUUGCCGAACAACCUACAUUUGCCGACGAUUGGGCAGAAUCCACGUUAAUCCAAGACUUGCUUGAUGCCCCAUUCCAACCACCAGUGUUGAUCACCCUCGGUAUCAUUGGCAAUAACAUAAUAUUCGAUCCUUCAAUUGAAGAAGAACAAAUCAUUGACAAUUCCUUAGUGAUUGGAUUCUACAAUGGAAGAGUUAUAACUCCUAUAAAUACAAUUAGUUUAAGCUCUAUUUCAAACGGUGUUAAUCUGAUUGUAUUGGUCAAGGCUCUUGAAUUGGGGAACAAAUAUGGUGGUAUGGUUGUUAAAGCUUUGGAUACCUUGAUUGAACAAGAUAUCGAUGAUGAAAAUAUUUUCUAA